AUGGACGAAAUGUUGAAUCAAUGGAAGUUGUGUUUCAUGAUGAAGAGGGGAAAACGGAUGCUCUGCACGUUGUGGGGUAAGCAUGUUGACUUCUUCAAUGAAUAUAUUGCCCAAGACCUACCGUAUCCAUCUGUGAUGUUAUUGAGCUUCUGUCGCAUUAAAAGGUUCAACGGGGGUGUCAAUGUUUCAACGGCUUAUGAUGUCACGAAGAUUGUGUUAGGUGGUGAUUCAAAUGAAAUUGUGGACUUUAGGGCAAGGCUGCCAAAUUAAGGUGAUGAAAGCACUUUUACAAACUCAUUCUUGAGUUUGGGAGAAGGUGUCAAUGAAGAAAACUUGACAAUCGCGUCUAUAGAUGAUUUGCUCAAGGAAAAUGAGGAAGGAGUUUGUUGGGUGCUAGGAGAGAUUGAUUCACUUGGGCUCAUGCAUUCAUGGUCUUAUCUUGGUUUCACCGAUUGUAACAAGAAAGUGUAUCCUGAAGAUGCUAGGUUUAAAUGUGAUGGCUGUGAUAAAACGAUCCCACAUGGCGUGUACAGGUAUAAGGUGAUUGUCAAUGUUGUGGACGGAACUAAGGGUGGAAAUACUGCUUUUGUUCUCUUUGACAAAGAAUGUUUAAAUUUGUUGGGUGUUGGUGCGUACCUAUUGAGGGACUCUAUGAUGGAGAGGAAUUUGGAUCCAGACAUGCUACCUCAUGAGUUGGAUGCUUUGGUUUGUCGAAAGGCACUUUUCAAGGUUUAUGUGAAGAAGCAAGCAGGCUCCCCGAUAAGAAAAGGCCCACGUAUCUUCUCUAUUGGUCAAAUUAUUACCGACCCAAAGAUGAUGUCUAAGUAUGGUGAAAGGACGGAGGAAAGAACAAAGUUCGAUGACCUUUGGGACAAUGUGGUAGAUUUGACUCAGUGUGUGGAGAAGGGUCUUUGGAUCCACACUCAAUGAACCAGAGUGUUUUUGGAAAUCUUUAAUUAUAAGUCUUUUGUUUGAUGCAUGUCUUAUUUUUGGAUACACUUUUAAAAUGUACCAAUUUCAAUAAAAAAAUCCACUCAGACAAUAUGAGAACAAUCCACUCGGACAAUAUGAUUAAAUGCAUCGAGAAGACAAGCUUGAAUAGAGAACAAUCCACUCGGACAAUAUGAUUAAAUGCAUCAAGAAGAUAACUUUGCGAGGCUCAAGAAGCACCGCAAAUUAAAUGCUAACAUCAUUU